CUGCGGCGGCUCUGAGCAUGUAAACACGGAAGUGCGGUCUCGAAAACAAAGCGGCUGUCACCCGCAAAGGCAGCUGCGGUGUUCCUGUGUCCGCCAUGUCCCAGCAGCGCGGAGUCAAUGGCCUCCGGUUCAACCAAGACCAGAGCUGCUUCUGCUGUGCCAUGGAGACAGGAGUGCGGAUCUUUAACAUUGAGCCUCUGAUGGAGAAAGGACACCUGGACGCAGAGCAGGUGGGCAGCGUCGGGCAGGUGGAAAUGCUGCACCGAUGUAACCUGCUGGCACUGGUGGGCGGCGGGAGUAACCCCAAAUUCUCCGAUAUCUCAGUGCUGAUCUGGGACGACUCGCGGGACGGCAAAGACAAGCUGGUGCUGGAGUUCACGUUCACCAAACCCGUGCUCGGGGUACGACUGCGGACGGACAAGAUUGUCAUCGUAUUGAAAAACCGGAUUUAUGUCUACUCCUUCCCAGAUAACCCGACUAAACUCUUCGAGUUUGAUACAAGAGACAACCCUAAAGGUCUGUGCGAUCUCUGCCCCAGUUUGGAGAAGCAGUUGUUAAUCUUUCCAGGCCACAAAUGUGGCAGCUUACAGCUAGUGGAUCUGUGUAAUGCCAAGCCCGGGAGCUCAUCUGCCCCAUUCACGAUAAACGCCCAUCAAAGUGAAUUAGGCUGUGUGGCGGUCAAUCAGCAGGGUACCCUGGUGGCCUCCGCCUCGCGUAAAGGCACCUUGAUACGGCUCUUUGACACCCAGACCAGGGAGCAGCUAGUCGAACUGAGACGCGGUACAGACCCAGCCACUCUCUACUGCAUCAAUUUCAGCCAUGACAGCUCCUUUCUGUGUAGUUCCAGUGACAAAGGAACAGUGCACAUCUUUGCUCUGAAGGACACGAAGCUGAACCGUCGUUCUGCGUUGGCACGAGUGGGUAAAGUUGGUCCCAUGAUCGGUCAGUACGUGGAUUCGCAGUGGAGUCUGGCCAGUUUCACCGUGCCUGCAGAGUCCGCCUGCAUUUGUGCUUUUGGCAAAAACACUUCUAAGAAUGUCAAUUCAGUCAUAGCCGUCUGUGUGGAUGGAACGUUUCACAAAUACGUUUUCACGCCAGAAGGGAACUGUAACCGCGAGGCCUUCGAUGUAUAUUUGGACAUAUGUGAUGAUGACAUUUUUUAAGCUGCUUGUGAAUUGACUGUCGCCCUAUGGUGAAGAAAGCGGGUCCACCCCUGAUACAGAGAGCGGAUGUCCCGGUUCUAUGGUCUAUGGGAGACAACUGCUCUCUUUCUACAGUAUUAUUAUUGUACAUAGAUAGUGACUGUAUAAAUCCCAGUAACAGAGAUAUUAACCUGAUAGCGACCAAGCACCGUACAUGUACAGAGCUUGGUGCCGGGUAGUGUUGAGCGAACUUGUGUUUUCAAGUUCGGCGUAUGGUCCGUGGUAGCGGAAUCCAUAACUGAAUUCUUAGAUAACCCGAACCUUGUACACCAAACUUAAACACAAGUUCGCUCAUCCCUAGUGCCGGGAUUUAAUCCAGAGCGCCGUACGUGUAUGGCGUGGGAUUAGGUUCCUGUCAGUGACGGCUGGGAAGACUGAGAACUGGAGCAGUUUGUUACCACUUCUGCCUUCUCCUUUCCAGAACGCUUUGCAAUGAAUAGAGAAAACAGUUAUGCUCUAUUGGACCUGGUGAUCAUGUGACAGCCGGGGGUCUCAGGCAGAGCUGCCAUGAGGAGCUCUGCCUGUGUACAGUGCGCCUGCAGGGAGUUGUUUCCCCCCUGUAACCAGAGCUCCUUUGGAAACGUGCAAAAAAAAUGUAAGUGUGCCCCAGAGGCCUUUUAAAGGGCGGAUUUGUCCCUAUGACACUGGCUGACCUGUUACAUGUGCG